AUGUGUUCAGGGCACAGCCCCAAUGUUCAUGCAGCUCAUGCGUAUGUUUUGAUGAAAAAGCAUACUCGAGUUUCCAGAAACAUUAGGGCUUGCUGGUUCUUUCGACACCUGAAGAAAAGUGUUGAGUUUUCUCCCUUACAGAAUGUUGAGGGCCUGACAGAAGAGUUAACCCUUGUGUCUGUUAUACCCGACGACCCGGAGGUAAAAUUAGAGCAUGGAUGCCGGUAUCUGGUGCAUAUUGGGCCGGAUACGAUUAUCACGUUCCUCUCCUGGAGGUACAGGCUUUCCUUUACCUUGGACCUCAGCCCAUCUUUAAUGUCAGUGGAUAUCCAAAAUGGACAGUUUGUGUACGAUGGUGUGUACCAGUCUUUACGGCGCUGCUUGCAGGGCCUUGUCAUGCCGUUCCCGAUUCCUGGCAGUGAUAUUUGGUUCUCUCCAGACUUGUACAUCUCUGUGAUAUGUCAGACUCCCGUUGUCUGCUCAUCGACCAAUCAGGUGCUGGUUCAGGGUGUGAAGCUGAGUCAAGACAACUUGGAUUUCUACCUGAGACACAUCGAGUUUGAGCUGAAACAGUUUGAAGCUGCCCUCUCUGUCAGUUUCACCACGCUACUCAAAAUGCACAAACGAAAGGAUGAUGAGGAAGAAUCUUCAGACCACUUCAACCUGGCAGACCACUUGGGCAGUCCGGAGGCAGGCUUCACAAACAUGCUCCGUUACGGCAUUCUCUCACUGCAACUGUUGCCAGAGAAUUCUUCCUCAGGAAUUGUGAUAAUCACAGAUGGCAAUGUUGGCCUUCCCACGUCUGCGUACAUGGAACUCCUGCUGAACCAACUCCGCACAAACACCAUCAUGUGUUCCUUCAUCAAAGUGGGGAGCCCCUCAGGCCUCUACCGCAAACUGGCCCACGUGCCUCACAUUGAGCUCAUGCAGGCCAUUGCCACGGCAACUUUUGGAGCAUACCUGGGCUCUGGUCCCGAUGUGAGUGAAGAGAAAAAUGAAGCCAACCUGUACCACAGAGCCAUGCUGUUCUGGACAUUUCAAAGAGGUUUGGAAGGCUUCAAGUAUGAGUUGACCCACUACAGUGAUGAGGACAUGCCAGGCUCCAUCUCCUGGAUCAAAAGAAUGCUCCACAGACACCCGAUUACUGGGGAGAGUUUUGGUUUGGAAACUCUCCGGAAGGAGAGGGACAAGCGGACUGUCCUGGCUGGGCUCUCCAGUGUUCUCUCCGUCAGGCUGAGGGAGGGCUACACAAUCAAAAACGUUUGCUUCCGCAAAGAUGACACAGAAAUCCACGUAAAGCUUCACUUUCCUUGGCAUGACUAUGGCAGGAUUGAGUACGCUGCCUGGGCGACAUGGCCACUAGAGAGAAAGAAAGCGGUGACCCACAUUGAGGUGACGGUGGAGGGCUGCUAUGACCUGCUGCAUGAGAUGCUGUGCAAGCCUGAUGAGAAGGAGAAAAAGAGCAGUUUGCGACUGAACAACAUUAAGACUCUGUGGACCAUUUUGCAAAAGAUUUCCUCCACGGACCACAUGCUGGAGCACCUACAGUCUUUUUCCUCUGAGCCGCUGUACUACCAGACACCUCAGGGCAUCUGCAAGGGUGUGCCCCUCUUCUACAUGCAGCAGGAGGGACCUUCCAUCAACAUGCAGCUCAAAGCCAGCUCCAUGGAAAAAUUUGCCACUUUCUGGAAGGCAGUGAUCCAACUGGACACAAACAACUGGCAGAAGUGGUUCCACUCCCACCGCAUCGGUCUGGUGCUGGAGCACGACCGCCAGUUCCCCAAGUGUUUCCAGGUGCCCAACGCCAGCUCCCGCUUCUCCUCCAUCCAGUGUCGUCAGGCCCAGGCCUCGCUCAGCAUGCUGCUCCGCAGCUGGAGCUCCUUCGUCCUGGCUGAGAACCACUCCUACAUCAAGUUCCUGCAGAAAGAUCCGGAAAAGCCUCCAAGCUACUUUUGCGUCCUGCGCCUCACCUCAAAGGCACCAAACAUGAUCAUUCGUUUGGGCUUUCUGGGUGGAACCCCUGCCUCGUUGAGAGAGGAAGAACUGGAGAUUCUCAGAGAGAAGAUAAAGAACCUGAGAUUCCCACCUCGAGGCACGCAGAAACUGUCGGUCAGCGCGGCCGUCCCGGGGGAAGAGAGUGCAAAGGUCGUGCACAAGUCUCCCCUCAACAGAGAGGGCUCUGAGAUCGCCUGCUGUGUUCUGCUGAGGAAACCCGUGGAGAAGAUCUUAGUCAUCUAUGAGAGCAAGCCGUCCGACAUGCUCGUGGUGAAGGAGCCGAUGCGAGAGCUGGUGCCACGUCAGCACCACGACCCGAUGAAGUCGGUGUUCCGCACGCUGACACACUACCUGCAGCACCAGCGCUGGGUCUGGAAUGUCCAAGCCAACAGCCAGGCGGCCGUCUCUAUGGUGGCUAUCAGUCGCAUGCUGGCCACUCUUACCAAGCUACGGCUUCAGGAGGGAUUCCAUUUUGCUGUCUCUGGAGCUGGGGUGACCAACUUGGUCUUGGAGGUUGACAUGAAGGAGAGCGGGUCGUGUGAUGAGGCAGACGAGACCGAUAUGCAGACCUGUGUGGUGCAGUACAUCAUAUUCCCGCCACACACCAAGUCCGUGGAUGACACUCUGUCGGAGGAUGACCAGAUGGAGACGGAGACUACCGAGGACGACCGGGAGGUGCAGAUUGUGGCCGAGUGCUGGGUGGAGCCGCAGUACGGCGUCUGCUGCAACAACACGCCAGAGCGGCAGCACUUCAACGGACUCACCUACCUGGACAUCGCGAAAGCGGUGAGUACUGUAGGAUAGAGUGUCUGUUGUGUCUUGUUUGAGUAGACCAAAGAACGUGAGGGAUAAGCCGCAUUACUGUGGCUGUUUUGUGUGAUCUCACUCACACGUAAUCCCUCGUGUAGCUUUAUGUCAUCGUCCGAAUCACGUACUAGUUUAAGUGAGGGACAUUCUGCUAAUUAUGCAAGAGAGCAGUUUGACAUUUUUGGUAACACUUCAAUAUGGUGGAUACCAAGGACAUGUGGUUACUUGAGGGAGGCAUUGCGCUGCCAAGAGCGAAAUGCUCGCAGCUAAAGGGAUUUGAAAACAACAACAAUGUAUGGUGGAUACGCCAGUUUGAAAAACACGAAUAACUCUGUAGUGGCUAAUGAUGUCAAUAUCAGAAUUCUAGAGGUGAUAGAGUAAAGGUUAAGAACUUGCUUUGGUGGUUCUAACUUGAUUUUGCCCCAAAAGUCGCUUACUCUAGUACGUGUUAUGUGUUAUGGAUGAUGAUUUCUGUCAACGUUAGUGACGAAAUCUUUACUAUUAUUAGUGCAUAGUUUGCUGAAGGACACUUUCUUUUAUAAGGAAGUGAACCAUGUUCUGCCGUUUGUACGACUUUUGUGUAUGGAUACCUUCUAAAUGGUCCAACCUUUUGGGUAAUAAUUUAGUUACUUCAACACCUAGUGGGCAACGAGAAGCCACGAAAGCCAUGUUAAAAUCAAGGGAGGCGAGUGGCUUUCGAAUUAAAAUACAUAUUCUUACUUCCCUUGGUGAGAGAGGCUGAUGGUAUGACCAGUUUUUGUUGUUUUUUGUUUUUUUUGCCUGAAAUUUCAGAGUUCUGCCCCUUGGAGGCUAUUUUCUUGACAGGUGAAAAUUAUAAAAGUUAUAGCAUAUAAUUUGUUCAAAAUGUUGCGCGAUAUUUUGAAUUCAAAUGAGAAAUAUUUCAAAGCGUAAACAAUUUUGCCACUUUUCUGAAUAUUCACGUGAAGGUUUUGAAAACUUAGCAGGAUUAUAUAGCUGCCACUUGUUCUCCUCCACAACUAAUUAAACUCUAAAA